AUGGCAGACAGUGAACCGUUGAGUAUAGACAGUAUAAUUGCACGACUAUUAGAAGUAAGAGGAUGUCGACCUGGUAAAACAGUACAAAUGUCUGAAGCAGAAGUCCGAGGAUUAUGUUUGAAAUCUAGAGAAAUAUUUUUACAACAACCAAUUUUAUUAGAUUUAGAAGCACCUUUAAAAAUAUGUGGAGAUAUACAUGGACAGUACACUGACUUGUUACGUUUGUUUGAGUAUGGAGGCUUUCCUCCAGAGGCAAAUUAUUUAUUUUUGGGAGAUUAUGUUGAUCGUGGAAAACAAUCCUUGGAAACUAUAUGUCUUUUAUUAGCAUAUAAAAUAAAAUAUCCAGAAAACUUUUUUCUCUUACGAGGAAAUCAUGAAUGUGCAAGCAUAAACAGGAUUUAUGGAUUUUAUGAUGAAUGUAAAAGACGUUACAAUAUAAAAUUGUGGAAAACAUUUACCGAUUGCUUUAAUUGUUUACCUAUUGCGGCUAUUAUUGAUGAGAAAAUAUUUUGUUGUCAUGGCGGACUUAGUCCUGAUUUACAAGGAAUGGAACAAAUUAGACGUAUUAUGCGUCCAACUGAUGUCCCAGAUACUGGUUUAUUAUGUGAUUUAUUAUGGUCUGAUCCGGACAAAGAUGUAACUGGUUGGGGAGAAAAUGAUAGAGGUGUUUCGUUCACUUUUGGUACAGAUGUCGUAGCAAAAUUUUUAAAUAGACAUGACCUAGAUCUCAUAUGUAGAGCGCAUCAGGUUGUUGAAGAUGGUUAUGAAUUUUUCGCCAAGAGGCAAUUGGUUACAUUAUUCUCCGCACCAAACUAUUGUGGGGAAUUUGAUAACGCAGGUGGAAUGAUGUCUGUUGAUGCAACACUAAUGUGUUCAUUCCAAAUUUUGAAACCAUCUGAAAAGAAAGCGAAGUAUCAAUAUUCAGGAUUAAACUCUGGAAGACCAGCUAGUAAUACAACUGCUGUGAAAAAGAAAUAAAUUAUAUUUAAUUGAAUAUUGAUUAU